AUGUUAAAGUUUGUGAGGUGUAUGAUUCUAGCAACGGUUUUACACCGGUCUUUAGUGUUGCUUGGAAUCCUGCGCCUGGCUGCAUCCAAUGAGGCCUUAAGCGGACUGUUGUCAACAAGUCUUUCAAAAGAAAAGAGUGAAAAAUGUACAAUGAGUACAACUCAUUGUGUACCAAUUGCUUUACACCUUAAUCGUACAUGCCUUGGUAAUCAUUUACCUUACAAACUCACAGCUCCAAUACCACUUGAUGAAGAUGUGACAUUUUAUAAUCUUGAAUUUUGGACUGCUUUACAGUCUAUACCAGCUUGUUGGGAUAAAUUACAGUACUUCUUGUGCUCUGUAUAUAUCCCUGAAUGUGUUGUUAUCCAGAGUGGAAAAUCUGUUGGUAUUACACAUUCAUCAAUUGAUAUUAAUCAAAGGAAUGGGUCAAAAUCAGUUCAUCAUUCAGUUGGUAUAACAUCUGAUGAAUUGAAAAUUGACAGUUAUUUAUCGUCACCUGAAUCAUCAUCGUCAUCAUCAUCAUCAUCAUCUGCUUCAUCAACUAUUCAUCGAGUUGUCUUACCAGAAGCUGAAAUGUGUGAAGCUGUCCAUAAAGCUUGUCCACUUUUAUUUUCAAUUAUCCAAUCAAUGAAUAACAAUAAAAGAAACAAUGUUGAUAACCUUGAAAUUAUUGGUAACAGCGCCAGUAGUAGUAAUGGCCACAUGAAAGAUGAUAUUCAUGAUAAUACUAAACGUAGAUUUUCAUAUCCAAAAUUCUUGGAUUGUUCAUUGUAUACACCAGGAUGUCGACAGAAUAAGUUAACCGCUCGUUUAUUUCAAAGUAAUGGAGGUGGAUGUCAAUCACCACUUGUUACAACAUCAUUAAGAAGAAAUUGGAUUCCUGGUAUAGAACGAUGCAGUUUUCCAUGUCGGCGACCUCAUUUUGAUUCAGAACACUAUAAACUAGCUAGAUGGAUCACAGGUUGUGCUGCUGUAGUUUGCUUAUGUACUAAUAUUUUUACAUUGUUCACACUUCGCUUACAAUUUACUGAACGUAUGGAGAUUACACAACAAUUAUCUGCUUACAUACAUCGUCUUAUUGAUUCAUUGCAUUUGCCAACAUUUUCAACAGAUCGUAAAUCUCAUCUUAUCUAUCAUGGAAAAGCGACAACAUCAUCAUCAUCAUCAGCAUGUCUUGUCUCUGCAUCAGGUUCAUCUAAUACUAGUUCAGUGCUAAUCCAUCUUGGUGUUUAA